AUGUUGCAAGAGCAAUUGAGUUACUGGAGAAACUGCAAGAAUCUGGAGAAGUACCAGUACACAAGCUACAAUCCCUAAAGAAGGUGCUGCAGAGUGAGUUUUGUACAGCUAUCAGAGAGGUGUAUCAAUACAUGCAUGAAACCAUAACUGUUAAUGGCUGCCCCGAAUUCCGAGCCAGGGCCACUGCAAAGGCAACAGUUGCUGCUUUUGCUGCAAGCGAGGGCCAUUCGCACCCGCGCGUGGUGGAGCUGCCAAAGACUGAUGAAGGCCUGGGCUUUAACGUCAUGGGAGGAAAGGAACAAAACUCACCUAUUUAUAUUUCUCGCAUCAUUCCUGGAGGAGUGGCAGAAAGGCAUGGAGGGCUCAAACGAGGGGACCAGCUGCUUUCAGUUAAUGGAGUGAGUGUGGAAGGAGAACACCAUGAGAAGGCGGUGGAGCUGCUGAAGGCGGCCAAGGACAGCGUGAAGCUGGUGGUACGCUACACUCCCAAGGUGCUGGAGGAGAUGGAGGCUCGCUUCGAAAAACUGAGAACGGCCCGGCGCCGGCAGCAGCAGCAGCUGCUCAUUCAGCAGCAGCAACAGCAGCAACCUACACAGCAAAACCAUAUGUCGUAG